GAAGAAUACCACAACGAUCGCAAUGUCCUCAACGCACAAUUACACCCACUCCUACUCCAACUCCCAAUAUCACUCGCAAUCCUACUCCGCCCGUCAUUCGAUGGUCCCCUCUGGCAGCUCAUCAUCCAUGUCCGCCGCCAAAAGUCGCCAAUACGCCCAGCUGGAGUCAAAACUCGCCGAACUGAACGCGAAUCUUGCAAACACGAAGAGUUUACUGGAGAUUACAGCUGUACAGGCGCGAGAUAUGCGGUUUCUUGGUGGGUAUGUGGGUGCGCUUUUUAUGGGCGCUGCCAAUGUGCUUGGUGAAGAGGGAGUUAAAAAGGCGGGGCAGGCGGAGCAGGCGCAGCAGCGGGAGGGUAGUGAGGACAGGUAGAGCGGAUGGUUAUCUACUAUUGACUGGAUUGGUAGAGGUAGAGGGAAGUGAGUAUGAAUGUAGAGAGG